CUCAGAUUCACCUCUCAUCUUCUACGCCUGGCUCCACUGUCAUACACUCAUAUAUGUCGUCCUCGAUCAACCGCUCCGAAUCUCCAACACCUCCCACCCGCUACUCUCGGGAAGAAGAGCGAGAAGAGGAAGCCGACCACCUCAUCCCCGAACCUCCUCUCAAUCCCAACCGACCCAUGCACGCAGACACCCGAGCGGCAUUCAACCAACCACCUCCAUCAAGGUUGAGCAGGGCAGCUCUGAUCGCGGGGAUCUUGCUCUUGCUCUGGAUCGCAUCCAAGUUGGGGCAAUGGGGUCAACCGGUCAAACCGCAGAUAAUCUACGCGAACCGAUAUUCAGAUGAACACAAGUACCGUCCCGCCGCUUCCCCCGUCAUCACCGAAACCUUGAAAGACGGCCGCAUCCGAUUGCGAGGAGCCAACGUCGCCGGAGUCGGAAUCCAAGCUACCGACCUCCCCAAGACGCCUCAGCAGAUCGCCCGCGAAAAGAGGGAGAUCGAAAAGAAGGCUCUGGAGGAUGCGAAAGUCAAGCUGGGGUUGAAGAAGAAGCGAACGAAGGAGCAGGAGAAGAAGGCGCAUCAGAAGAGGAUGGCCAAGAGGGGUGAAGCGGAGGGGAUGCCGACUAGGCCGGGUCCAGGGGGAGGAAUGGGAGGCAAGAUGGGUGGGAAGAGGGCUCCGGGUGGUAGGGGUGGAAAGAUCGGGUUGUAAGCUGGGGUGCAUGAAACUUCGUUUGUCGACAUAGAAUACCCAUCCGCAGCGC